CACUGAAAGGCAGCACUGAUACAUGACACUGAUAAAUGACACUGAUAGGCGGCACUGACUGGCACUGAUAGGCGGCACUGAUAGGCAACACUAGGUGGCACUGAUUGGCAUUGAUGGGUGACAUUGAAAGGCAGCUCAGAUGGGCACUGAUAAGUGGCAUUGAUGUGCACUGGUAUGCACUGAUAUGUGGCAUUGAUGGGCACUGGCACGUGGCACUGAUGAGGACUGACAGGUGGCACUUCUGGGGCCACACUGAUCAUCAGGGCGCACUGAUCAUCAGUGCCCUGAUGAUCACUGUCAGCGUGACAACUUCAGAG